AUGGUCUAUAUACCGACUUUUCAAGAUAAGGCAUUCUACGCUCAUGCAAGUGGUAAAUGUUACAACGUAACGCGCACGAUUAACAGCGAAGCAAGUGUGAGAAAAACAAAAAAAAAAAACAAAAAAAAAAAGAUACAACAUAUAUUAUAAAAGAUGUCUAACAGCAGAUUAUUAUUGAAACGCAAAUUAAGCACUGUAUCAUUGGAUCAUUCAAGUGAUAGCGAAGAUGUACCAUCAUCGAAGGCGAAGAAAAAUGAAAAUGAUGAUGAAAAACAAUCGGUUGAUGAACAACAGCUCUAUCACUGCGAUACACCACCUCCAGAGCCAGUGGAUUAUAGAACAUUACCGUUAGACUCGGAUCGUCACUUAUUGGAUAUCAUUCGGGCAAAAAUAUCCGAAUUACAACAUGAAUUAAAUGAUUGCGAGAGCGAUUUUGACGAUCAAAGCGUCGCGUAUGAUAAUCCACGAUCUGUCGAUUCCCAGGGACCAAUUGAAUUAAGUGAACAGGACGCUGAAGCAUUAGGUUUUGCUACAUGCGCUCAGGAGACGUUUUUGUUUUUACAACGGGAGGGCAUCUCCACCGAUAGCCCACUCUUUACACGGUUACGCGAUGUUUUAGUCGGUCAUACCGAAAAUGAUCAAUCCGAUGAUCUAUUAAAUUGAACAAAACAAACUUAAGCACAAUGUUCUAGUCUAGUCAACUAUUUCCGAAAACUAAACAUUAUUGGAAUGAGAACAAUCUCUAGUCAUAGUUCUAAGUUUCUAUUUUUUAAACCACAAAGCAUGAGCUAAUAAUUUAAU